UUUUUUGCAAGACUAGAUGCUAGAAGGAGUCUCUCUGAGUUCGAGUUGUGGUGAUGCGCUCCUGUAAGAACUUGCAUUGCAAGUGUAUUGUAAUCAGCUUGAUUUGAUAAUACAUUGUGCGAAUGUUGGAGGGUGGGGUUUUUCUCCCAGAAGGGUUUCCCCACGGUAAUCAUUGUGUUAUGUGUUCAUUGCUAUUUUGUUUAUGCUUUAUUGUGCAUUUCUUGAUAUCUUAGUAAUAUUUAAGUUGAAAGUUGCAUAACCGUCCUCUCAAGAUUAGCGUAGGAAGCAUUUCCGCACACCUUUGCUUCUUUACAGAUACCAUCCAUUAGGAGAAAUGGCUCCGGACAAGAUAUUUCUUGGCAUUCUCCUUGUUUUAGUUGGGUGUAUUUCGCUGUGUUUUCUAAGAAGAAAGUCAGUCAACAAGCCGUACAAGGGCCCUGCUAUCUAUCCCAUAAUCGGUUCUGCCGUAGAAUUCUUUAGAAAUCGUCACAGGGUUCUGCAAUGGUUCGCAGAAAUAAUGGAAAAGAUGCCAACAAAUACUUUCAAGCUGGAACGGCCAGGCGGAAUCACAGAUAUCAUGACGGGAAAUCCAGCAAACGUAGAGCAUAUACUCAAAACCAAAUUUGAAGAUUACCCAAAGGGGGAACGCUUUACAAUUCUUCUCCACGAUUUCUUAGGCCGAGGGAUUUUGAAUGUGGACGGCGAGCUGUGGAAGAUGCAGAGAAAGACUGCAAGCUACGAGUUUAAUACCAAGUCUCUCAGAAGCUUCGUGGUGGAGACGGUGCAGUGGGAGAUUCAGAAUCGCCUCUUGCCAGUGCUCACAAACGCAUCCAAAAUGGGCAAGUCUUUAGAUUUGCAAGACAUUUUGGAGAGAUUUGCAUUUGAUAAUAUUUGUAGCGUAGCGUUUGGGGUGGAUCCCGCCUGUCUCCUCCCAUCAAUGCCCACUCCACCUUUUGCAAAGGCUUUUGACGAUGCUACUGAAAUUAGUGCUGGUAGAUUCUACUCUGCUGUUCCUUUCUGGUGGAGAGUGAAGCGCAUGCUUAACAUCGGUUCUGAAAAGCGUUUGGGGGAAGCGAUUAAAUUAGUGAAUGGAUUCGCUAUGGAUGUGGUGAGUAGUAGAAGGAAGGAGAUUUCGGAGAAUAGAUCAGGACUCCCUGAAAGAGAGGAUCUGCUUUCUAGAUUCAUGGCGGCUCUUUUAAACAAUAGAGAUGAAUUAGGGAUAGAUGAUGAGUCAGAAAGUGAGAAGCAAUCCAGUGGUACGAUGGAUAUGUUUUUGAAGGAGAUGGUGGUGAGCUUUCUGUUGGCAGGAAGGGAUACCACGUCCGCUGCUCUCACAUGGUUUUUCUGGGUGCUCUCUUCCCACCAGAGAGUAGAGGAAGCCAUUCGCACUGAAGUUUUAAACAUCUUGGCUAAGAGAUCACAAACCCCACCAGCUGAUGAAGAAGGGUACUUUUGUUUCAGCUUUGAAGAAUUGAAGGAUAUGCAAUAUCUCCAUGCUGCUCUGUGCGAGUCAAUGCGGCUCUACCCUCCCGUGCCCGCUGACGCCAAACUUGCCUCCAUAGAUGAUGUUUUACCAGACGGGACUUUUGUGGGGAAGGGAUGGCAUGUGAGUUACCUUAACUAUUCGAUGGGCAGGAUGGAAAAUAUUUGGGGGAGUGAUUGUUUGCAGUUUAAACCGGAGAGAUGGUUAAAAGGAGGGGAAUUUGUGGGAGAAAAUCAGUAUAAAUUUCCAGUGUUCCAUGCAGGACCUCGAAUAUGCCUGGGUAAGGAGAUGGCACUGAUACAGAUGAAGUUAAUUGUGGCCUCUAUUAUUCAUAGAUUCCAUUUUGUGAUAGAAGAUGGGAUUACGUGUCCCGAUUAUGUGGUGUCUCUGACCAUGCGUAUGAAAGGAGGACUGCCCGUUACUGUAAGAUGUCGGAGACCCGAACAUUGAAUGACAUCACCAUCACUUAAAAUGUGAUCUCUCUCCAUAACGGAGAUAAUAUAUUCACUGUUUUCAUGGAACGCCAUACUAUUGAAUUAUGUAGUAAGUAUAUUCUAUUGUAAGAGAUGUUAAAAC